ACCAUCGGGUGAGCCGUAUGCUCGUCUGCCUACAAAGGCAAUAAAAAAUAAAAAAUAUAUUUUUAAAUCAUAAAUUGACCGAAGUUACGAGCUCACGUCUGGUGCCUCUUACUGUACGAGUAUCAGCAGUAGGUAGCGGUGCGCAGGAGUCGGCUCCCUUGAACUUGUCGGCGCUCGGCGUGCGCGCUUCAAGGCGGCCAAGCCGUCAGUCGGGCCGAACAGUUACCGUCAGUUCGUCGCGUGCGUCGAGCGUGCAUCAUGUCGGUCCACAAGUACACAAGAGCCGAAGUCGCGGCUCGCGACAACAACAAGCAGAACCUUAUCAUCAUUGACAACGUGGUGUACGACGUCGCCGCUUUCCUAGAGGACCACCCGGGCGGCACCGAAGUCCUCGUCGACAACGCGGGCUCCGACGCCUCGGAGUGUUUCCACGAGGUCGGCCACAGUGAAAUCGCCAUUGAGUGGCGCAACACAUUCAAGGUUGGCGAAAUCGUAGACGAAGAGAAGUUAGAAGUGAAAUGUAAGCAGCCGAGCGCCGCGGAGAGCGCGGAGCCGCUGACGCUGGGCGGGCUGCUGGCGGUGUACGGGCCGCCGGUCGCCAUGGCUGUCCUCGCGUACCUGCUCUACACGUUCCUGUUCGGCUAGCUCGCCCAGUACAAUGCGCGCUGUUCGCUAAAACUACCUCCGGCCACCUUCAACACGCAUCCUCGUCGGAUAUAAGGAUGGACCUCACCUAGUCGGGCUUUAAAUGGGUUAUCAAGAAAAAGUGGUUGGGCUAUAGUGGUACAAUGUCUGAGUUGUGAUGUGCGGAAACCAUGCUUACUUGUUCAAAGUCCAGCCUUUGGAAUACACUAGGAUAAUAUUGUAGUUCGCAGGGUAACUUGAAUAAAUUCACCCAUCUUUAAAAUAACAAAUAUUUUAUUAAUUUUGAAUACUAAUUUUGAAAGUAAUCACUACAUAAUCGCGCAGACAACUUAGACUAAAUUCCGAGUUAAGUUAUAUUAGUUUAGUUAUGUAUAAUAUUAUGUACGAGUAUGUAAAUGUGACGUCACGAUCGGAACGUUAUUGGCGGUUAACUGUUUUUUAAUCAGCGCUGUCACAGACGCGCUGAAUGUGUUUUUAUUUAGGUUUUUGUUAUUUGGUUCUAGUAAUGAAUUGUGUUCGCUUAUUAAAUAUUUUCUAUUCAA